UUAAAGAUAUUUGUGAAAGUGUAACAAAUACAGAAGCAAAGAAAAUUAUGGCAGAAUAUUUAGUUGCAUCUACGUAUAUGAAUAUGAAGAGACAGCUAGAAAGAGAUCUGUUACGACUUUUACCCUUUACCUCAGUUGAACCAUAUAAAGGACAGUUUGAGAAGAAUGAUAAAAGAGAAAGAAUAGCAUCCAUUAAAUAUACAGGGGUUGAUAGUAUUAAUAUUACAACAAAAACAGCCAGAGAAAGACAAUAUCGACAUUCAGAAGAUUUAUGGGAUGCCUUACGGCGUUGUUUACGAUUAAAACAAGUUGAACCAAAAGGAAGAUUUAAUCAUACCAUGAUUGAUUCAGAAAAACAACCCAGAAAAUAUCAGAAAUCAGAUAAAAGAGAACAGUCGUAUUUUCUUGGAAAUGUGAAAGAACAGCGUAGUGGACAGAGUUUUACAUUAUCAACAUCAACUACAGGUCAUCAGAGUGUGACAGAGGCCAUACUUGGUAGUACGCCUGCUUUUUUACAGGGUGCACAUGGGGAAGAUAACUCUUAUAAUAAUAAUAUCACAUUACAAAUGGAAGUCGGCCUUACUGAACAUAUAGGACAGAAUUUAAAGAAAGAUACCCGAGCCAAGGCUAAGAAUGUUGCUCAAGAAUAUAUGGCUUGUCAGGUUCAGCAAUCUAAACAGUUAUGUCAUUUAUUGUGGAGUUUAAUAGAACCAAAUCUAGAACUUACUGGAGAUCAGUUUAUUCCUAAAUUAUGUGAGUGUGGUGGGGCUGAAGAAUAUGAAUUAUUUAUAUUAUAUGAAAGAUUUUAUAUGACAGUUAAAGAAUGUGUAUUUCCUCUUCCACCAGGUUUUCAAACAUUUUUCACAGCUUUAGCAUUUAGAUGUUUAAAUUUUCAUUUAUUUGUACAAUAUGUUGAUCGAGGUGUCUUACAACUAACUGGUGAUUUUAUCCAACAAAUUUUAGUGGAUUUAAGUGAUGAAGGAGAAGAAUUAGAAUAUAAAUACCAAUUAAUGUCAAAAUUACCUAAGGAAUCUUUAGAAGAAUGUUUUAAACAGUGGAAUCAUCCAAUAGCUGUAAGUUAUAUUGCCAAACAACAAACUACACAAAUACUUACAUUAGGUAAAGAGAUUGAAAAGAUGAAAUUAGAAAAGAAGGUAGAAAGAGAAAGAGCUGGUACAACAGAUAGUAGUAGUAGCAGUAAUAUUGGGGAGGAUAUUGUCACCUUUUCACCUUUAAACUCUUUUAUAAAUUAUUUGUUGGAGACAUCAUCAGCGCUACGUAUAAUGAAGAAGACAAGUAAUCUUGACAUUCCUAAAAUAGAUCCUGUGUUCCUACAGGAAGUAGCAUUAUGUCAUGUCUCAGCUGAAAGCAAUUAUGAUUUAUCAUUAGUUAAUUUCUGAGUUCCAUCCUGAUAUAAUUAUAUAACUAGUCACAAAUAUUUACAAAGGGCUUUAAUUUUUCUUUCCCUAUGUUUAAUUUUAGUAGGAUUAAUUAUAAUAAUUGCUGAGUUCCUGACAGGUGCUCUGUGACAUAUUUCAUUACCUCGGACACAGAAUAUACUGUGAUGUUCUUAGUCUUACCACUUUAAUGGGUUAUAUCUCGGAGACAUUUAUUGUUUUUUUUGCUACAUAUUUUGGUGCUACAUUAAGUUUACCUUGCAUUAUCCUACUGGUACCCAAUUACUGUUGGUUAGAUUUAAACCCCAAUCUUUGUUGUUUAUAUAUUAUAAAAAUCUUUAUAAAGUAAUGUUUCUUGUUUCAUUGAUGUUAAAUUCGGAGAUGUUGGUGGUCGUCCCUAGCAUAUACAGUUAUUAAAAUGUAAGGUAUAAAAAAUGUGAUGUGGGCCGGGAGUUUUUUUUUUUUGGUCAAUGGAUCACUGAAUUAAAUGACUUCUGAUUCUGACAAAAAAUAUAAGAUUUCAACUGGAAUUUGAUCAAAAACCUUUCAUCAGUUCGUGGUUGAUAAUUAAUGGCCAAAAUGCAUCAGGACAACAACUUCAAACUAGUAGAAAUAGAAACCAUAGUUUUAAAAUUGGGGUGGAGGGCAGCUUCAUCCUCUAAUGGUCAGGGUGGACAAUACCUGCAGAGAUUUAAUAUGACUUAUUUAGUACCAAUAAAUGGUUCCGUUUCCAAAACUGCAGUAUUCAUGCUGUCAUGUUUUUUGCCAACUGCAGUAGCCCAUUAUGGUUUUCUCCUGUGAAAAAUAUAAGCUAAAUGAAAUGAAAUAAUGAUUUUAUAUAUUGAUUAUUCGUGUGAUUCUAUUGUUUCAAUGGCAUUUAGAUAUAGAACUGGUAAUUGAUUCUAGCUCUUUGAAGCUGGACAUGGUUUUCAAAGUUAGAAAGUUAUGUACCUGUAUACUGAAUAGUACUAAUUUGAUAGUCUAUUUUCUGGUGGGUUUAGGAAUCAGAAAUUCCCACACUCGGAGUUAAACACCACAAGAAUUCUCAAUAGAAUAAUUUCCCACAUGGAAAUGAUCUCCCCAAACGGCCUGAAAGUGGGAAGGGGCCUCAUCAACUCUGCACAGGGGCACUGCAUCAAUAUUAGACAAGGAAAUAAUACAAAAAACAUUUCAAGUUGUUUUUUUAAUAUUUUACUUUCACCUACAUGUAGGAUUGGUAUAAUCAAGACAAAAACAACAAUUGAUAAUAAAAUGGGUGAAAUAUAAAUACAUGUACAUUAAAGUUAUGUCUGGUUAAUAAAGUAAAAGAAUUAAAUACUGUUGACAACAA